AAGGUUUGCAGCUGUUAGAUAAGGACUCGACGAUAUUUCUCGUGGGAUAUGCAAAUGUUUCAUCCGUUUCACGAGUUAUCAGCAUCAGAUGCAUACAGUCGAGUUUCUGAAAAAUUUCUUCCGGUGUACUUGAAACACCGGAAAGACUUCGUCUUAAAUAGAGAAACAUAUAAAUUGGCCAAAGGACUUUACGUUUCGAAAGAGCUCGGAACGCAGAGAUGGACGGAAGUCGAGAAUCCUCUCCGUUCCGUAACCUCGCGGAAUUGUACAACGGUUUGGAAAAUUUGAUAACGUGGCCGAGAAUGACGCCUUUGAGAGAGUCGACCGAAUACGUUUACGAAGGGCACGAGGUACGUUACUCUGGAUCGAGAUUAAAGAAAGUUGGCAAGGAUAAAGCGCCAAGGACGUUGCUUUGUCACGAUAUGAAAGGCGGUUACCUGGAAGAUAGAUUCAUAAACGGCUCUAAUUCGAACGAGGAGUAUCUAUUUUAUCACUGGAGCGUCGUAGAUACGUUCGUUUACUUCAGUCACUAUUUUGUGACCGUUCCACCUUACGGAUGGAUCAAUGCCGCUCAUAGCCACGGAGUAAAAGUGUUGGGUACGGUGAUUACGGAGCAUGCCGACGGUGGAGUCAUUUGGAACCUGAUUUUGCAGAGCAGGGAAAGCGUGAAACGUUUUGCAAACGCGCUCGUUCACGUAGCAAAAUUUUACAAAUUCGAGGGUUGGCUGCUGAACGUUGAAAACGGUAUUAAACCCGAAGAGAUCGAUAAUCUCGUCUACUUUGUAAAGUAUUUGAGCGAUCGUAUCCACGAAGAAAUUAUUGGCUCCGAAGUAAUAUGGUACGACAGCGUGAUCAACACCGGAGAAUUGAAGUGGCAGGACGAACUUAACGAGAAAAAUAAGGACUUCUUCUUAAGUUGCGACGGAAUAUUUUUAAACUACAAUUGGACGGACUCGCGGUUGAUCAACAGUCGUAAUCUCGCAAGAGAUCUCGAACGAGACAUUAAGGACGUUUACGUGGGCCUGGACGUUUGGGGCAGGGGCUGUCCUGGCGGCGGCGGUUUCAAUUCUGCUCAUGCACUCGAAAGGAUACGGAAACAGGAUCUAUCGGUUGCCAUUUUCGCUCCAGGUUGGACGCACGAAUAUUUCGGACCCAAAACGUUCGGACAAUUGGAGGACAUGUUUUGGGCUCAACUCUUUCCUUUCCUAUACGUUCAUAUUCCGAUCUACGACAACGAAAGAUUCGACACGUCCUUUUGUCGCGGCAGUGGCUCGGCCUACUAUCGUCGCGGUAUAACGCAGCACGAGGUAUUCGACGAGAAGCCGUUCUAUAACUUGUCCAUGCAAAAAGUGCAAAUCUCCGUGGCCAUGCCGCUUUUGAAGAUUUUGGGCUUCGCGGAAGAAAAGCCCGUUGACGACGACGAAAGCUCUUCGAAGAAAGAAGCUCUUUACGUCUACGAAACCGAAAAGAGUUACGUUCGAGUCUUGGGCAACGUGGCGAGUUUUCAACCAAAAUCUUUACCCACGAACGCGAAUUAUUUCGAAUUUUGCAACGAAUAUUCGUACGAGGGAGGAGGCUGUCUUAAACUGAUAACAAGGAAUCCUCGCGAAUACCACAGAUUAUUCCUGAUAUACGUCGAGUUCGACCGAAGCAUUCAAGGAUCCGUCGUUUACAAAGCAGAAGAAGCUAGCACGGGAACGAGCUCGACGACCGACGAACCUGCUUUGUUAUUGGCCAAUGACUCGGUCACGAAGUCCAUCGUGCCGUACGAGACGUUCGAGUUGAACGCGAGUUGGAGAAAGUGCGUCUAUCUGACCGACAUGAGGACCGUCAACGAGAUCGGAAUAAAGUUCUCCAGAGAGAAUAGUUGUUACUUGGGGGAGAUCGUUUUGGAAGGGAAGCAUCGUCGAUACGACGAUCGUUGCGAGUCGGCGGACUGUGCCAACCGGAUCAGCGACUACACCGUGUCUAUCGACCUUUCCCGAGCAAGCCAGCAACGCAACGAGUAAUACGACAUCAUCGAUAUAAGAAUAAGAUCGGGAGGAGAA